AUGGUGGGGACGCACCCUGCCGUCACAGAGAAGAGCCAAAGGAGCAAAAACCCGGCCGCUUCGGGCUUGUCCAGCGACAAAGAGCAUGAUGGCGCUGGCAAGCGGAUCGGACCCCACAACCAAGCCACGAUUCCAGACUUCGACCCCGCCAAACUAGCAAGACGCAGUGAAGAGCGAGACAAUGUGGACAUGCUGGUGUGGUCACCGAAUCCGAGACUCUCUGAGGCAAAACUGGACGAAUACAUCGCCAUCGCCAAGGAGAGGCACGGCUACAACACGGAGCAGGCUCUUGGGAUCCUCUUAAGCCGUAAGCACGACAUUGAAAAGGCACUGGCAGAUCUACCCAACCUCACCCCGUUCCUAGACGAGUGGAGUGUGGAAGAUAAAGUCUUAUUUGAGCAAGCCUUUAGAUUUCACGGAAAGGCAUUUCACAGAAUUCAGCAGAUACUUCCUGAUAAACCCAUUGCAAGUCUGGUGAAGUUUUACUACUCUUGGAAGAAGACGAGAGCUAAAACCAGUGUGUUGGAUCGCCAUGCGCAAAAACGAAAGCGAGAGUGGGAGGAGAGUGAAGACGAACUGGAAGAGACAAACGGAAAUAAUCCUAUCGACAUGGAGGUUGAUCAAAAUAAGGAAAGCAAAAAUUGGGUCAAAGAAAACAGCGCACAGGCUAAAAACCAGACACGGAGAAAACCUCCAAAAGGCAUGUUUCUUUCUCGAGAAGAUGUGGAGGCUGUGUCUGCCAGUGAGUCUGCUGCCACCACGGCACUGAGGCAGCUGGACAUGGAGCUGGUCUCCAUCAGGCGACAGAUUCAAACUAUUAAACAGACAAACAGUGCCCUCAAAGAGAAGCUGGAUGCUGGGAUUGAACAGUACCGUCCCCCACGUUCUGCAAUGCACCAGAAGAAAUGCAGCAUGAUCACAACUCAUGGUGUAUUUCAGAAAAAUCUACAGGGAAAUGUGAAUUAA